GUCUGCCUCAAGUUGAAAGCCAGUGAUAUAGAGUUGAGUUUUCACGUUGCUUGGAACGAUUGUAACCCUUAUAUAAUGCUUUUCUCAACCCAGGUGCCAGCCAUGGUCAUCCAGGAGGACUCUCUCUCUCUUCGUUUUGCCCCCUACCACGGAAACAGAUCACAGUCGCCCAGAGCGGAUUCUGUGUUUCCUAACGGGACAUCAGAAGACAAUGUGAGCCAUCCACGACCAAGCCAACAACACUAUCUUGCAGAGAAAGCAGAGUUCACGUUUCAAGUCCUGUGACUCUUCUUCAGAUGCUGCCGGACCUGCUGAGUUUCUCCAGCAAUUCCUGGUGAGGCUUCAGAUCUCCAGUAGUUUUGUAUUGUAAAGACAGGGUGUGGCACUGUUGUCUGUUUCCCAGAGGAGAUCUCCAGUGCUUUUGGAGCGCUCCAUACUUUCUCAGUGCCCUGCUCUAUUUCCGUCCGGAUUUAACAGCACCCCUCCCUCAGGAAUGUUCUGACAGAAACGACUCUGAGGUUUCUGAGACGGACUGACCACAGUCUGCUGGGCCAGGCUGAUCAGACCAGUGUGUGUUGUCGUUGGGUUUCCCUGCUUGCUGAGCCUGACAAUGGAGGACAAGACCAUCCCACAUGCUUAUCCGAUGAGUGUAGAGUACGAGAAGGAGACACCGACAACUAUCCACGACCAGAACUUCGGGGAAGGUUUGUCACCAGAAGAUAUUUUAGCUCCUACAUUAUACCAUGGUUAUUACAUCAGACCCAGGAUCAAUAAGCAACUGGACCGAGGCUUUUCAACAAUUGAAACAAAGCAUCAUAAGUUUCAGGUAUUUCUGGAUGUGUGCCAGUUCCUGCCGGAUGAGAUCUCCGUCCGGACAGUGGAUAACCUUCUGGAAGUGUCUGGAAGGCAUCCACAGAAACUGGACAGUCACGGGUUUAUCUCCCGGGAGUUCACCCGCACCUACAUCCUACCCCUGGACGUGGACCCUCUGCUUGUUCGGUCAUCACUGUCCCAUGAUGGUAUCCUGUGCAUUGAGGCGCAAAGAAAAGGAGAUGAGAUCCAGCCCAAAGUAAACCAAGUGAAACUCAACGUGGAGUCAGCGCCCAUGGCAAAGGAGCCUGGGGAAGACCCUGGAAAAGAGAAACAGAAGGAUAAGUAGCUCUUGCAGUAGGAUGGGCAGACCUCCAAUAAUUGAUUUUGAUAGCAGGUCUUCUGUUAAUACACCUGAUCUCCUCUAGAAAGCAGGGCAAAAUAUUACAAUGACUGGGCUACAAGUGAGUUAUCAGUUAAUUAAAGUUGCAAACAAACCUAAAAAAAGGCUUGUUUUGACAAUUUAAUAUCUUUUGUAUUUAUAAAGCUAGAAACCUAAUUAUUAAUAAUUGAUGGAAAUUCAGUCUGAUGAUUGGUCUCAUGAUUAAGACAUGCCUUUGAUUUAUUGCUCUUUGCUCCUGUUCUCUGGAAGAAAAUGACACAUAUUGGAGCACAUAUACAUAAUGUGUCCUCAGCUAACUUCGAAGAUUCUUCACAAUUUCAUGGCUCAGCCUGACUUGCUGACUAAGAAUCCAUCUCUCCAGUUUAACUUUCUGGACCAUCAAGCUGGUCUCCUUUCACAGCUGCUGGCUAACUAAGCACCUACGAGGAAUUGAGGCUGGGACCCGCAUAGUCUCUACAUCUGAGCAUUGCACUACUUUCCACUGAGCUAUUGGCAAAUCUUUUCUGCCAUUUCUGAUGUACAGCUUGUUGAAUAAUGAACCAAAUUUAUUAACAAACACUUUGACAACUAAUGUAUCCAAAAUGCGUUUAUUUGAAACCUGUAAUGACAACCGUUAUUGCUUUUUAGCUGCAAUUAAAAAAAAUGGCACUGAAA